CAAUCGCGAAUUUUCCAGCGGAGCCCUAUUCAAUCAAUAUAGCUCCAUCAAUAUAAAAAUGAUAAACGAGAUUACCAAAAUCCUUUCAGAACUAUGGAAAUGAAAUUUUGAACUCUUAAUGCGAUUAUUAGAAGACACUGAAACUUAGGUACAAUAGCUCUUAUCAAGUAAUCGAGAUGCCGUAUUGAUAAUGGGAAUGUAUAGACCCAUAGAAACUGAAUUCCGGUUCCCACAGCUACCCUCAAAGGGAAACCAAAACCUGUCAAAGGCUUGUCAAAAUUCAGUUUCAAGAGACCAUUUUAGACACAGGAAAAGAAAAUAAAGUAAAAUGAACUAUUUACAACCGUUAUUUGAGAAGAUCACUGUACAUUAGUUUAAAACAAAUUAUUUGACAUUUUAAGGUCAUGUUUCAAUAACAAAAACGACUGAAGGAUUGCGCAGGCCUUCUGUCAUCCUUUAUACGAGGUCCGGCUUUAGGUCAUUCAAUACAGCAGUUUUGCCAUUUUCUCUACAUGAAUAGUACUAUAAUUACAAUGGCUGUUACUUACGUCUUGUUCAUGAUUAUCUCAUGUAUAUUCGAGGCAGUUGCGUCAGUAAUAACUGGUAAGUAGAUUGUUACUGUACAGGAUUGGCCAAGAAAAUGUAGAAUAUGGCAGAAUGUUGUUUUACUAGCUGCCCACCAGUUUUCUCGGAAUCAUCACUAAACAUUUUAGAGGGUCAUGCAGUCCAAUGGUUAGAUCAUUUGACUCAUAAUAGCAAGGUUGUGAGUUCGAUUCCCCACUCUGCCAUUGUCUCCACUUUGAUAAAAAUGCCCGAGAGUAAUACAUGUCGUUUAUAAGGUCAGCCAUUAUGACUGAUUAACCUAGACGUAAAAUGUUUCCUGGGUAAUUGAUUAUAUACCAGCUUGGCGUUUACCAGCAAAACGCUGUUCUGCCGAGUUCCUACGGGGGUAACCAUAGCCAAAAGUUAAUAUUAUAUAAAAUGACAAUUGUUUUCUGAGCGGAGAAUAUUAUCAGAGUGAAGAACAAAACGUAAUGGAGUCAUCCACUGGGAAAAAUCAGGCCAUAUCUAAUAUACUUCACUGUACGACACUAUACAUCCGAAGAAUAUAGAGAAAAUGAUCACCCACCGAUCAAGCUGUCACCGUACUUCUAUCAAGAUUUGCAUCUGAUCGGGGAAUCUAAUAAAGCAGAAGGAAGAGUUGAAAUCUUCUAUGAUGGAUCCUGGGAAACUCUCUGUGAAAACUGGUGGGACGAGAACGAUGCAAAGGUCGUCUGUGCCAUGAUGGGAUUUCAUGUGGUCGUAGACGUGACACGAUCAACCAGAUUUAGUCGAGGAUCUGGUGAUAUUUUCCGUGUGGAUUGCUGGGGUACAGUGGAAAACCUGGACGAAUGUCCGUUCGUAGGGAUUACCACUUCCUGCGAACAUCACAUGGACGCAGGUGCCAUAUGCUACUUGAGAGGUAGGAAUACUAUGAAUAAGAAUAUCAUGGCCAUUGUAGAAUUAGUCACACCAGUUUUUCUCUAAAAGAGAGGUCAAGGUGGACAUCAAACAAUAUAUGUUCUAUUUAUGUCCAUGAAAAUCAUGUCUAAAGCAGCUGAAAAUAAUGUUUCAAUUAAAUCCAUUUUCAAAAAAAUGUAGUCCUUCCGAAUCGACUCGAAGUUCGACUUGUCAAAGGGUUUGAUGUUUCUGAAGGAAGAGUGGAGAUCUUGUAUAAUGGAUCUUGGGGAACUAUAUGUGAUACAUGGUGGGAUCUGAGAGAAGCAAGUGUCGUUUGCAAGAUGCUAGACUUCGACGGAGCCUUGGACGCACCUGGAUCUGCUAGGUUUGGUCAGGGAUCUGGAAUGGUUAUUCUCGAUAGGGUCGAUUGUGAUGGAACAGAAGAAAAUCUUGCAGACUGCGGUUAUUCGGACGAUGCCCGUUACACGUGCAGUCAUACAAGCGAUGCAGGAGCUGUUUGCUACUCGGGAAAUCAUCCGAAACCGUUACAGGUUCGUCUAAUCAGUGGAUCUAACGACGCUGAAGGGAGUGUACAGGUCCUGAAUGGCGACUCAUGGGGUACUGUCUGUGAUGACAGCUGGGAUCUACGAGAUGCCAGAGUGGUUUGUAAGAUGCUUGGGUUUGAUGGAGCUUUGGAGGCACCGAGAUCCGCUAGGUUUGGUCAAGGAUCAGGUCCUAUUAGCCUUGAUGCUGUCGGAUGUGACGGUACAGAAGAAAACAUUGCAGAAUGCAUUCACCGAGGGCUUGGAGUACAUUACUGUGGACAUGAUGAAGAUGCGGGGGCCAUUUGCUACAAAGGAGAUCAUCCCAAACCUUUCGAUGUCAGACUUUCUGGUGGAUCUAGCAGUGCUGAAGGCAGAGUGGAAGUCUUGUACAAUGGAUCAUGGGGAACUGUAUGUGAUAAUGGAUGGGAUCUCAGAGAUGCAAGGGUCGUCUGUAGAAUGCGAGGGUUUGAUGGGGCUUUGGACGCACCUACUUCUGCAAGAUUUGGUCAGGGUUCUGGGGUCAUACUUCUAGAUCUCGUUGGUUGUGAAGGAACAGAGGCCAAUCUUGCGGACUGUGCACAUCUAGGGAUAGGUGUUAAUUACUGUGGACAUGACGAAGAUGCUGGUGCCAUCUGUUAUUCAGGAAAUCAUCCAGACUCUUUAAGAGUACGCCUUAUUAACGGAUCCAGUAGCUCUGAAGGAAGGGUGGAAGUCAGCUACAACGGUACCUGGGGUACAAUCUGUGAUGAUGGGUGGGACUUGCAGGAUGCCAAAGUCGUGUGCCGGAUGCUGGACCUUGGCGAGGCUUCGGCUGCACCGGGUUCAGCCCGGUAUGGUGAAGGGUCUGAUGAAACAUUUCUUUCUCUCGUCGGGUGCGAGGGCACGGAGAAGAAUCUUGCAGACUGCGGACACCUCGGGUUUGGAGUGCACAGCUGCAAACACAACGAAGACGCUAGUGUUGUGUGUCUCGUAGGAGUUCGACUUGUCGGUGGAGCUAAUGAAUAUGAGGGAAGAGUUGAGAUUUUUCACGAAGGGUCUUGGGGGACUGUAUGCGAUGAUUUAUGGGACCUUGACGAUGCUACCGUUGUGUGCAAACAAUUAGGAUUUGGCGGAGCUUCGGCUGCUUUACCCGGUGCAAGAUUUGGUCAAGGUUCUGGAAACAUAUUUCUGGAUGGAGUUCGAUGCAACGGGACAGAACCCACCCUCAAGGAUUGCAAACAUAAGGGACUAGGUGUUCACGACUGCGGGCACAAAGAGGAUGCCAGUGCGAGAUGCAUCGUUGACACUAAUAUAGGUGAAGUAAUAAACACACAGAGCUAAUAAAACUUCCAACAAUGCCUGCGGAUCUAGCACGUAUAAAAAGUCUCGAAUCUAAUUACUUUACAGGAAGAUUAUGCAAA